UUCCGUGUCCGCCUCGCAUGCGCACAGCGCCAAUAUGGCCACGCCGGCCAAGCGCAGGGCAAGGCCUGCAGCCCCGGAACGGGACUCGGGAUCGGAUUCGGAGCCGGAAUCGGGAGAUUCGGAGUCCGAGGAGGACGAGCAGGUGGACGAGGAAGUGAAUGUUGAAUUUGAAGCGCAUUCAAUAUCAGACAGUGACUACAACGGGAUAAAGAAGCUGCUGCAGCAGCUGUUUCUAAAAGCUCCCGUUAACACCGCGGAGUUAACCGAUAUAUUGAUACAACAGAAUCAUAUUGGAAGUAUCAUCAAGCAAGCAGAAGUACAAGAAGACAGCAGUGAUGAUGAUGAUGUUGAUGAUGAUGAAGUCUUUGGUUUUAUAAGCUUCCUAAACUUAACUGAAAGGAAGGGUACACAAUGUGCUGAACAAAUCAAAGAGCUGAUUCUAAGUCGGUGUGAGCAAAACUGUGAACAGCGCGUGGUUGAACAACUGGAUGAGCUCCUGAAGGAUGAUACUAAGCCUGUGGGUUUGCUGCUGAGUGAGAGGUUCAUUAAUGUACCACCACAGAUUGCUUUGCCCAUGCACCAGCAGCUUCAGAAAGAAUUAAAGGAGGCGCAGAGAACAAACAAACCUUGUGGGAAGUGUCACUAUUACCUUCUUAUCAGCAAAACCUUUACAGAAGCCACAAAGAAUUCUAAGAGGAAAGAAGGGAGAAAUCAGCAGAAGGAGGAAUUAAUGUUUGCAAAUGCAGAGGAGGAAUUCUUUUAUGAGAAUGCUCUUCUGAAGUUCAGCUACUCCGUGCAAGAGGAAAGUGACACCUGUUUGGGUGGCAGAUGGUCCUUUGACGAUGUACCAAUGAAACCCUGGCGGACUGUCAUGGUAGUUCCAGCCGAUGGAAUGAAUGUAAUUAUGGACAAACUCAAAGACUAUCUCUCACUGUGAACUUUCCCUUCAAUGGUGUUUUUCUAAAGCAGGCACACAGUGCUGUAUAUUUUCAGAAACCUACCAAGGAGUUAAUGGUUUUCUACUGCCCAGUCGUCUCCUCUGUACACUUAAAAGACAAGUGGAUGACUCAAAAUACCUAUCACAUGGCUGUUUUAAUGCAUUGUAUUUUAGCAUACUUUGGUAUCGUCGUUAAGCAGUCAAUAAAAAUCCAGCGUUACGAGAAAA